GCAGAUUCUCACAAAAAAUUCUCCAAAUUUGAUGGUAUCCUUUCUGUUUUUCUCUCUCUCAAACAUAAACACCAAGAUUACGAUUCCAGAAUGUGAAUUCUUCUUCAACUUUUGACCUAACGCCUUUUACCCACAAUUAAUCUCUUCCGCUUCAGACUAUCUCAUCUUCUUGUUGUUUCUUCCAUUGAUCAUUCCCCUUUUCGUGAUUUCGAGCGCUCAAAUCGAAUCGAUUUCACGAUUUUGUAAAGAUGGAGGUGCUAAUUCAAAAAGAAAAUCAAGUGAGUAGAUACACUACUACGGAAAUGAAUGUGAAACAAAAAGUAUCGGCCAGUGCUCUUAGACAUGGAAGAAAGAGAAAGGUCCAAGAGCUCAUGAAUUCUCAAAAAGGGCAUGAUCAGGGGUUGUCAAUGAAAAGGACAAGAACUCCUAUCCAGAAAGAAACUAAAACUUCUCGUGGUCGGAGCAUCAUCCCAAAUGACAGUAGUUCCGUCAAAAGAUGUUUUUCUGGUGAAUCUGAAGAGAAUGAAGCAGAUGUACAAAUCAGGAAGGACUCACUCAUACCACACACGAAAAAUUCGAUCAAGACAGCAAGAACUUGUGGAAUCAAAAGAUUUUACGGGAAAUCAAAAUGCUCCUCAAGCAAGAAAACUUUUGUGAAUGUCAAAAAUGAUGCCAGUGACUCUGAUGCGGAUUAUAAUGAGGAAGAAGAUGACUAUGACGACUUCACUCUUUAUUCAUCAUGUAGAAGAUCAAAACCUACAAAAUAUAAAGGAAGGCAGGCUAAAGAUUGCAGAGCUUCAAAUGAAAAACUAACCUCAAAAAAAAGCAAAGGUGAUUCAAACAAGAAAGAAACUUCAAAUGGUAAGCAAUCCGCAAGAACUAGCUACUGGGAAGAAAACCAAGAGGAAGAGGAACUCAUGGAUUGCAAACAGAGCAAACAAAAUGAUGUUAAUAGUAGCCCACAUGAUGAACGGAUCUCGAGAAGGCGUCGUACUGUUUCUGAUAAGAACAAACUUGUUGAAAAUGGUUUUUACUAUGGGGAAUGGGAAGAUGAAGAAGAAGAAAACGAAUACAUCAAUGGAGAUGAUGAAGAAGAAAGCGAGUACGCCAAUGAAGAUGAUAAAGAAGAAAAUGAAUACGCCAGUGAAGAUGAGGUAGAAGAAGAAGACAACAAUGCUGGUGUUGGUGAUGAGAUUGAAGAUGAAAAUGUAUUUUCGGCAUCAGUGGAACGUCAUAAGUUGAACAAUGUUGAGAGAAAUGGAAGUUUGAAAGACAGGAAAGUGGAAACUGAUAUUGAAUUCAUAGAAGAGAAAAAACAAAUGUCUUUUGUGAAAUCUAAUCCUAGUAGAAGCAGUAGUUCAAAUGAUACAAAAAUGAAAAGAAGACCAAGGGGAUCAGGGGAUUGUAAUUCUGCUUCAUCAGGUGGCAGUACUAGUACCGCUAACAACAUGAAGGAUAAGAAAAAUGGAAAGGAGCGUUUGAAGUGUCAUCAAUGUAAGAGAAAUGAUAGAAAGAUCGUUGUUCCCUGCACUGAAUGUAAAGAAACACUAUACUGUGUCCAGUGCAUCAAGCAAUGGUAUCCUCAAUUCUCAGAAGAAGAUAUUGCAGAAUUAUGCCCCUUUUGCCGUGGAAACUGCAAUUGCAACUUGUGCUUACACUCAAAUUUUAAGAUGUCAAAUAUAGAUCUCACUGAUGCUGAGAAGUUGCAGCAUCUUCACUAUCUAAUUAACUCACUCCUCCCAUUUCUGACCCAAAUUCGUGAAGAACAACUUGAGGAGAUAACUGUGGAAGCGCUUAUUCAAGGUGUAUCUGAGUCUUCAAUUACAAUAGGGCAGACUAGCUGUCACAACGAUGAACGUGUCUAUUGUAACCACUGUUCAACAUCGAUCAUUGAUCUUCAUCGAAGUUGUCCAAAAUGUUCAUACGAGCUAUGCCUUAGUUGCUGUCGUGAGAUACGGAAAAAUGAUCUUCUUAGUCAAAGAAAAGUAGACUUUGGGUACUUUGAUAGAGGUUUUGAUUAUAUUCAUGGGGGAGACCUGGUACAAGAUUCAUUUCAUGAAAAUAAUCCAACUAGCCGCUGUGAUCCCGUGAUUAACUGGGUAGCUGAAGAUGAUGGGAUUUUGUUUUGCGCCCCAAAAGAAAUGGGUGGAUGCGGUGACUGUGUAUUGGAGCUCAAGCGUAUCCUACAAAAGGACUGGAUUUCAACCUUGGAAGCAAAAGCAGAGGGUAUAUUGAAUAAACUAAGAAUUGAUCAACCAAGCAUUCUACCAAAUUCUUUCACAACUGGUGGCAAGACAUAUCUCAAAGCGGCCAACAGAGAAGAAUCAGAUGAUAACUACCUGUACUGGCCUGCUUCUGAAGAUGUCCUAACAGGCGAGGAGCUCAUUCGCUUUCGUAGCCACUGGUCUAAAGGUGAACCAGUAAUUGUCAGGAAGGUCUUAGAGCAAACAACUGGUUUAAGCUGGGAGCCCAUGGUUAUGUGGCGUGCAUUAUGUGAGCAUCUGGACCCAAAUGUCAGUUCGAAGAUGUCACAAGUGAAGGCUAUAGACUGCUUGGCUGAUUGUGAGGUUGAAAUCAGUACUAGGAAAUUUUUUAAAGGUUAUAUAGAGGGAAGACAAUAUGUGAAUUCCUGGCCGGAGAUGCUCAAGCUGAAGGAUUGGCCCCCGUCUGAUAAGUUCGAGGACCUUCUACCACGUCAUUGUGAUGAAUUUGUUAGUGCACUGCCUUUCCCAGUGUAUACUGAUCCAAGGGCAGGGUUUCUAAAUCUUGCUGUCAAGUUACCACCAAGUGUCCUUAAACCUGAUCUGGGUCCAAAGACAUAUAUUGCAUACGGAAUAGCUGAAGAACUCGGAAGAGGGGAUUCCGUGACUAAACUUCAUUGUGAUAUGUCAGAUGCCGUGAAUGUAUUGACACACACCGCUGAAGUAUCAAGAAGUGAUAAUCAGAAGUUAGCAAUAAGAGAGUUAAAGAGAAGACACAGAGCUCAAGAUGAAAGUGAGAGGAGUGGAAUAUUUUCUAGAUGUGCUGAUGAAUUGUGCGUAAAGAAAGAUGAAUGUACUUCUUCAAACGAGGGGGAAGAGUCUGAUCAUGUUGUAAGCACAACCAAAGAAGCUUUUAAGAGGAAUCAACCAAGUGGAGUUUCAGUGGAUAAACAUACUGCAUGCAGUUUGCGUGAUUUUUCUCCACAAGAAUAUGCAGAAGAAACAGGUAGUGCUCUUUGGGACAUCUUCCGACGAGCAGACGUGCCAAAGUUACAGGAAUAUCUAAGGAAGCACUCCAAAGAAUUUCGACAUACAUAUUGCUGUCCUGUUGAUCAAGUUUAUCACCCAAUUCAUGAUCAAACCUUUUACCUGACAUUGGAGCAUAAAAGGAGGCUAAAAGAGGAAUAUGGUAUAGAACCCUGGACAUUUGAACAAAGGCUGGGAGAGGCAGUUUUUAUUCCUGCAGGAUGUCCACACCAAGUGCGAAAUCUCAAGUCAUGUACCAAAGUUGCCGUGGACUUUGUUUCUCCAGAGAACAUAAAAGAAUGUAUCCGACUAACAGAAGAGUUCCGUAAGCUGCCCAUAAAUCACAGAGCCAGAGAAGACAAGCUAGAGAUAAAGAAAAUGAUCCUGCAUGCUAUGCAUCAAGCCGUUACUGAUUAUGAGGAGUUAAACGACUGCCCAGAUAAUGUAGGGUAACGGGUA